CGCACACGCACACGCACACGCUUCACUCGAAUCGAUCGAAUCCGACCAGGUUCGUGUCUUUGGUUUCUGCAGAGAGGGGGAGGGAGUAGAAAUGGCGCUGUGCGGCGAUAUGGGGUUGGACCUGAAGGGGUGCGGAGUUGGUGGUGGGCAGAGCGAGGCGAGGGAUGGGGAGGAGGCAUUGGGGUUCGGGCUCGUGAGGUGCACGCGGGGCCUCGGGAGGAAGAGGGUCGGGAUCUCGGAGGGCCCCGACGACGCCGCCGCGGCGGCGGCGUGGCGGGCCGAGUCGGCGGAGUUCGGAGCUCCGUUGAAGAGGCAGUGCAGCGCGAGGCUGUUGCUGGACGGCUCCGACAAGUCCGGUCUCGAAGCCCUGCCUCAGGACAUUCUGAUUAGGAUACUCUGUCACGUCGAGCACGGCGAUUUGAAGCAGCUGGUUCGCGUGUCCAAGACCAUCAAAGAAGCUACUGUCGUGGCGAAGCAGUGGCAUUUUGCGUACACGACGCCCACGAAGAUCCGCGCGUUCAGGAGCUUGAUCGAUCCGCAGAACCCGAGUGACUGCGAGGAGAUUGAAGCCCCGAACGCCCCGUUGAGGACUUUCAGGUCACGUAUCAGCCGGAGGAAGCUCGCGGAUGUCACGGCGGUGCUGUUCGCCUCGCCCGAUGAAGGGCAGUGGACCCGGAGAGGAGGUCUGUUCAUGGAAACUGAGAUAUGAACUAAUAGGCUUUGUGCUCCGGAUCCGGGUUCUGUAGAGUGUAGAUAAAUUUCUUGUUGUAGACUGGUUGACACGGACUAGGUGGGGAGAGAGAGAGAGAGAGACACGAUGAAUAGGGUUAUGAUGUACAUGUAGAAAGAAUCAUUGAGCUGCGGUUUCUUCAAAUGUUUCAUUGAAGAUGGAUUGGCUUCAGAAGCUUAUUUUUUUUGUGUGUACAUUGUAAAGAGACAGAUUUUUAGGUGAUUUCCGAGUUGUUUGAAGGGCCAUGGGCUAUCCUGUGGCCCUUCCCAUGCUGAUAAAAACAUGAGAGAGGAGUGCAGAGUUAAUCCUGCAUACUCUCCUUGUUCUGUGUAAUAAACCUGAGAAAUGAUAUAUUUGCUUCUGUUGUUC